AUCUCGAUUCUUGAGCAUCAUGAUGAUUUAUCCUGUAUGUUUCGAUUUCUUCGCGGAAAUUGAACCUAUCUGUAAGUUUGGGAGAUUUGAAUCCUGUUGAAUCGAUUAGAGGCCUAGGUUUUUGUUGGAAUUUCUGUGAAUUUCUUCAAUCUCCCGAACCCUAAUUUAACAACAAGCUCUACGAAUUGAGAGAGAGAGAGAGGCUCCAAUUGGAUUGCCAGCAUCAAUUUGGGCGAGGCCCUCGUAGAAAUCAUCAUUGGAGAUAAACACUAGCAUUUAAAAAUCGGUUCUUGGCGUAUUUGGGGAUUUUUUUUUUCAAGUUCGGAAUUGGUCUCUGUAUCCUCAUCGUAGCUCGUGGUUUGAAAACCUAAGAUGAGCCUUUUACUCUCUCUCUCUCUCUUUCUCUCUCUCUCUCUCUCUCUCUCUCUCUCUCUCUCUCUACCUUUCAUUGGUUUUUACCUUUUUUGAAAAAAUCAGAGGUCGAUUUUGAUCUAAGAGAGGAAGCCAAGGACAUUACCGAGUUCACCAACACUUGAAAUUGCACUAAGCUUAUCGGUAAGCAAAGAGAGGAGCAUACCUAGUGCUUGCAGCAAGGAGAGAGGCUGAGCUCAAGGCUAUGGCCAAGGCUGCAAAAAACAAUGGAGCUCCUGAUGUGCUCGUUCCUGAUUUCCUUAAUUGCAGUUUCUAUUGUUGAUGCGAUAAGGUCCCUUAUCACUCCAACUCCUGAAGGUGAUUGGUUUUCUUCAGAGGUUUAUACCAAUGGGAAUCCUUAUGGCAUCGAGGAGGAUAUUGUUUUUAGCAUGCCUUGUAGAUCGAAGGGGGAUGGUGACUAUGAGCUAGUCAAGGAUGUAAUAAUUGAUGACUGCCUUCGACAACGUAUCAAAAAGUCUGAAGCUGAACUGCUCUCGGAGAAAAGAUGUGUAGCUCACUUAACUAGGGAGGGUGUUGCAUAUUGCGAUAUUCGUGAGGACACCAUGCUACCUGGUGAACAGUAGAAAAAUAAAGAGGAUGCACAUAAUAGUAUCAGUAUCAUCAGUUAGUAUCAGUUGUGGAGGAAAAUCCUCAAAAGCAAAGUUUCUUCCUCGAAAUGAAAGGCUAUUCAUUGUGAUGGAAUAGUUAUUUAUGCAAUAAGUGGCAGUUAGGCCUCCAUUUGUUGUAUAAUCGCAAAUCUUCUAUGCUAAAGAAAUCUUAGUUUUUCAUUCUACUGGGUAUGUCUUAAAGCAUCCCCCACUGUAUAAUAUUGGUAAUUUUUUUGGCAUCAUUUAUAUGAUUUUAUGGUAGAUAGGUUGCUGAUUUGGUACCUCUUUCUCUCAAAUAAAACAUAUCAUGCAUCUUCUAUAUA